UUGACUACUAAAUUAGGCUUCAACAUUUUUUAUAGAAGAUAUGAUAAUUAUAUUUUGGGGAAUACGCAAGAAUGGACGCACUGUGUUGAGCAUAUUACACCAUAUUUAAAAGGGGUUAAGAAGGAACUGGGUAGACCUCACAAGAUUAUGGGAAAAGACCAUAUUGUACAUCGACUGCUAAACCUCAUUCGAGCGAACACCACGAAAAUGACACGCGCCGAAAAGAAGACCACCAUGUACCAGAUCAGCAAGCUACGGAUCCGACUGUACUCCUGGCAUCUCAACGCGAUAAUGGAGCUGACUACUCUUAUUGCCAGGUUGCACGGACGGAGUAUUAGAGUAGACUUUUUAGCCAUAAAACGAGGGUUGCAGAACAUGCUGUCGGGGUGGCAGGCGGACCUUUCUAACUCGACCACACUGCUGCGGCAGGCGAAGGUGUACCGACCACCCUGUAUACCACGGGGAGAGCAAGGGUCCUCCAAGUUCGUCCGCGGCAGCACGCUCAGCUCUGCGACCAGCCCGGCAGUGGGCUUCGCCGACGACAUCAACUGCCGGCGCCGAAAUGCCGACGACAUUUGUGUAUAA